GGAAUGUCUUCAUUUUGUACUUCUACAGAGAUAUCUCCGAGACGUAUAUUCACAUUCAUAUCCACAUCCAUGUUCAUGCUAAGGAACGUGUAUCCAUAUCUUCUGUUGUCGGCGGCGUCUAUAAAUAGUUAGGAGAUAAAGCUCGGUCCAUACUCGCAUUCAUCCUUCAACUUUCAUGAAUCCGAGAUGCAUACAACUUGACAUCAAGUCGACCAUUUUAAUGCGUGACUAUGAUGGUAUGAUGAUUCCGGCUAUAUAUAUCAGGUAAGACUCUUCUCUGGAAUGUAAGUUAUUUGUUCAUAUCAUUCAUCUCUCAUUUUUCUCUCCUCUUGCUUUGUUUCCAUAACAGCUCUGCUACACCUUAGACAUCUUAUACAACACAGCAUUAUCCAGCCCGUCUAAACUAGCAGCAUUAUGGUUGCCAUUAAUGCUGUCCGGGCUUCGAAUGCCGCACUUAAAGCUACAGGUGCUCCUGGUAUAGUUGCCGUAUUUGCGGGUGCAACGUCAGGUAUUGGUAUGGGUACAUUAAAAGCAUUCAUCAAGUACGCAAAUUCUCCUAAGGCGUAUAUCAUUGGACGAUCCGAAUCAGCUACAGGGCGUCUGCUCAAAGAUCUAAGACUUUCAAAUCCAUCAGCAACACUAAACUUCCUUGAAGGCGAGAUUUCUCUGAUCAGGGAAGUGGAUAGACUUUGCGAUGAAAUUAAGAGGAAAGAAGAAAAGGUUGAUUUUGUAUUCUUGAGUGCAGGCUAUUUGUCCUUCGAUGGUCGGAAUGAAUCAUCUGAAGGAAUUGACAUCCCUCAAUCCCUCCGUUACUAUUCUCGUCUCCGUUUCGCCUACAACUUAGUUCCUCUUCUGAAAACCGCUCCCAACCCCCGAGUCAUCUCAAUCUUAGCGGGGGGUCAAGAGAAAUCAAUUGAUCUUGACGAUCUCGAAGUAAAGCAAGAUUUCACUAUGAUUAAAGCUGCUGGUAGUGGAACAACUCAAACAACUCUGGCUUUCGAAGAAUUGGCGAGGUCUAAUUCUCGCAUAACUUUUAUUCACAAAUAUCCGGGAUUUGUAGAUACUGGAGCGGUUGGUAGAUUGAUGUCUUCUACCACGGGUGUUUAUUCCAUUCCAGCAACUUUCUUUAGAUGGGUAAUGUUGCCUUUCCUUAACCUAUUUGCAACGAGUGUGGAGGAAGCUGGAGAAAGGGGAUUAUUUUUGGCCACUAGUGCAAGGUACCCGCCUGCCGAAGAGAGAGGGGGGGCUAGUCCGGGCGUAGAGCCACCUGCGGGUGUAGAUAUUGCAAGAAGUUCGGCGGUUGAUGGAAAUGGAAGUUCGAAUGGAGUUUACAGACUCAAGGCAGAUGAUGAGAGUGCACCUGAUGGUAAUGUUUUGCCGGAUUACAGGAAGAACAAUGCAGGACGAGUUGUCUGGGAAAGCACAAUGCGUGUCUGGGAGAGAGCUUUGGAGAAGGCAUGAUGACUCCAAAGAAAGGUUGGACUGGCACACGCAUUGGCCUAUGGAAAAUCCAUCGUUAUGAUAUAAUUAAAAGUCUGUUCUUGUUGAACUUUAUUAGCAUGUUAAUGAACCUUCCAUGAGACAUAGAUGGGCCGAGUUAUAUAAUUAUCCCUUGUUUCUUCUCCAAUAUAUUGGAUAUAUACGUAUUGUCCAGGCGGUACAAUUAAAAUAAGAUUCAAAAUAAUAUUGAGAAAUUCUUUCA